GAGUCUCUUGGCGUGCCGUUCAAUCAUUGAGGAGUUCAGAUUUCCCCACGACUACGAAGGUUACUCCGAGUGAGUGAUAGUGAGCCAGAUGACUGAAAUGGAACCAAAUUAGUGAGCCCAUUUCGAUGCUGGAACCGUGUGUUUGACACAGCCAUGAAAUAGGCCCUGUGUGGUGGUGUUGCAGGUUUGGAUGUGUUAUUGCAGACGAGAGUCAAUAAUUGAUUGCUCUCCCUCAAAGAACACUCAGCCAGAUUCCAUCGGGCACGAUUUCUGCCCCAAGUCGAGUUGAUCUGGCCCCUUCGAUGAUUCGACGAUUCGACGAUUCAACGAAUUCAGUUCCUGAACUUGUUGAGUGCUUCUACGUUUCUUGGCGGCGAUAACUGAUGAUUUCCAGAUGGAGGAGGACUUCGUCUUACCACUUGGGGUAAACCUUGGAACAGAAGACGAAACAAGGUGGAACGCAAUAACAGCUGGGAACGACUUGGACACGAGGAAUAGGAGUUGUAGCAAUAGUGGAGGUGGUACUACAACUACAACAACAACAACUACUACUACUACUACUACUACUGCUACCGGUAGUUGUUUUUGUAAUAGUAGAUGUAGUACUAGAAGUUCGACGUGAAGAGACGGGAAAACUGGAAAUCAAGACAGAACUUUCAAGACUGGCCCAGACAUCCUCCUCAAGAUAAAUUGGCCAGCCUUUGUCAGUGAUAACUUUGGUGGAAUGAUUUUCAAUUACCACGCCAAUGAUUGAAUUUCAAACACCGGAAUAAAUUCGAAUAUCAUCAUCCCCGAGAAAGGACACGAACACACGAAUGAGCGAAGAGCGGUGUUGUGUCCCACAAAGAGUGUGCCACUGUGAGUUUGUGCGCGUGUGAGAUCAUGGGUUUUCAAGACGAACAGAGAAGGGAUUCUCAAAUGACUACUUACUUCAUGUUCCUGCUGCCCAUGACUGAAUAAGGACCAUUUCUCACCGCCCACCCCCAAGCAAGGGCCCUGAGAGGCCAGAGCCAUGGCCACGUGGCUCUUCAUAGGUUCACAACCAAGAUCCGUCUCAGACGUGGCCAGUUCCAGUGCCACCACUCCUACAUUAAAGACAACCACGACCUCCACAGCUGCCACCCAAACGAGUCCGAAUCAAAAGUCGAAGAAGAAGGAACGAUGGCUCGUCACCAGAAAGACUUGGCGGUACAUGGCGGAUGCCGGAAAACUUUUGAUCCCGGAGGCCCUGAGGAAAGGCAAGGAUUUGAAAGCUUACUCCCUGGAGGAGAUGAAGGAGCUAGAUGACCAUUACCAAAGGAUCUGUGAUCAAUUGCAAGAAUUUGUGAUCUGGGAGGGUCCUUUAGAGGACGUUAGAAUUUUAUUAGCCAAAAAUCGGAUCAUUAGUGGGGCCAAGAUAUUGGCCCAACAAGACGAGGACGAAGUGAUACGCCUUCAAUUGUUACGGGAAGAAGAAGAGGAUGAGAUUUUCAAGACUAUUAUACCGACUUCCUCGGCCAAUCUCACAGAUCCCGGUUCCAACAACAGACCUUUCGUACCUCUGGGACCGGGAGCCGCCCUCAAUAGUCAGCCCACCUUUGCCCCGACCAAUAUCCCGACUGGAACCCAUUUUCAUCGAACUAAAGGGGCCAGACGUGCGGGAUCGGCCAACAGACGGAGAUCAUCCGGGUCGAAGAUGGUGACUUCAAGUGCUUCCACUUAUGGAUCCAAUAGCUCCAGUUCCACUGGCCAUUUUGGGGGAGGUGGUCAUAAUGCAGAUGGAGGGAUGGGAAAGGCUCAUAAGAGUAAAGGCGGCUUUUUCCCCUCCCCUUACGGCACGGGGAUGUCUGGAACCGAUUUACCACCGUUCGCUCCAUCUCAAGACCACUCUGGUCCUGCACACCAGUCAAACCAUUCUAGCAACUCGUCGAGAUCUCUGGCUUGUACUGGUCUUGGCUCCAGCUCGGGGGAGUUGAAUAAAGCUCAGCCCCAGGAUCAAACAUCCACUACAAAACACCCGCAAGAUUCCAAGUUGCGAAUCAUGCUUCCGGCCGGAGAAAAGGCUCCCGACGGAUUCACCCAAGUUGGGAAGCGAUUUCUUCCCAUUGGAGAUGGGCCCAAUUAUACGCCACCCUCUUCUGACUCCCUUCUUCAACUGCCUUCUGGGUUGACUCUUCAGGAACUACCAGCAUCCUAUGCCACCGACGACGAUCGGGAAUGGUACUUGGCCAACUACAGCAAUCGGAGAAGAGACUCCUCGGCCAAUGAUUCCGGCGUGCUCAGUCCAUCCAGUCCAGAUGACCUCUUUCUCGAGCAGAGAUUGGCCGAGAUAUAUGGUGAGACAGAUAUGUUCCUUGAAGAGGACUUUGAGCAUCCUCAAAAUGAAUCUGGUAUUGGAUCCGGGGCUGACUCCGUGGGCCGAUCUUCUUUCCGAGGCGAACGAAGACCGCGAAUGGUGAACGUCGCUAUGCAAACUGAACCAUUGCCUGAAGAGUAUUAUCGUCUGGUUGAAGAGGAACGGAGGCAAAAGGAAGAGGAGGAGCGAUUGGCACGCGAGGCCGAGGAAAAGGCCCAAAGAGAGUUGGACGAGGAGGAAGCCAAUAUGAUGGGGGAUUCAGUGAUGCGGUACCUGAAAAUGGUCCGACGAAAUUCCAAAUCGAAUGACCACAAAAAGGCCAACCGCUUCCGAUCCAUGAACUACGACCCCACUCUGAGAAACAUCAAGGCCAAGUAUUUAUAUAAAGAAGACUACAUUGAGGGCAUGAAGCAUUGCGAAACCCAAGCUGGAGAUCCCAUGGUGUACCUCUUGAAGCGGAUCAAAACCCCAGUGGAUCCAACUCCUGAUGCCCAACGAAAACUCUCCCACGCCAUGAGUGACUUCUCGGACUCCCUUGGGUCUCCAUCUCGGAGGCUGUCUCUCCCAGUUCCAGAUGAACCAUUGCUUCCGGGCACUGAUGGCGAAAAGGACUUCUUUUCCCAUUUGUAUAGCGGAGACCUGUCCUCCCUUGAGAGUGGGAACGUCCCUGAAGACUACUACAAUUAUUUAGAGAGCUGGUACAAGUCUCAACGUGGCAUUCAGCCCACUGUGCCCGCUGGCAUGGAUAGUGCCAUUUCCAGGUCUUUCAGUAGCCGUAGUAAAAGUGGGACCGCUGUGAUAAGAAGCCGGGGUAGUAAAAAAGUGAUCACCGCCAGGACUCGAGUGUCCCGACCCUCUUCGCAACAUUCCCAACAAUCCCACCAACAACAGACCUAUGGCGGCCGGAGUCGAAAUCAAAGUGUCGACUCGCAAACGCAUCCAGAUGACAUGCAGCACACCGGGAUCUUCAUCCCGGUUAGUGCACUUCAGAAUCUCAGGUCCUCAAUGCCCUCACUUGCAUCCUCGUCAAUUGGAGGUACGGCUGGUGGCGGUGGCAAUAGCGGCGCCCAUGGUGUUGGUGGAGGGUUGGGCUUGGCUGGCACGCCAUCCUCCACGCCCAGUGUCUCUAGAAGUAACUCGAACUUGUCCAAAAGUUCUUCAUUCCUCGCAUCUGUGAUAUCAUCCAAGCCAUUUGCCGGCUUGGGUAACAUGGGAUUGUCCGGGGCUGGACUGGGCGGGGUCAGCACCAGUGCUAGUGGCUCUGCCAAAAUCCUGUCCAAGAAGCUUUGGAAACCCCGCUCGAAAAGCCAAAGCCGACCUAGUAUUACGAAGAGUCCAUCUUGGACCCCUCAGUCCAAUUGCCGGUGGCAUCACGUGACCAAUCGAGAGGUCACCUUGGAGCCCACCAACCUCUUGCUCCUUCACGAUUUUGAGCGGGCGGCCUUGCAACGGGUGGCGCUCCAGAAGUUGAACAAAUCUGAUCUCGGGACAACCAUACGCAUUCCAAAAGAACCAAGUGAUAAGGGCGAUUCCAAGCAAAAGAAGAGAGGUUAUCUGUUAACGAAACGCAUUUUAAGAAAAGAGAAAGACCAAAAGGCUUCAAACAAUCCUAGCAAUCCUAAUCCGGCGGUUUUUGGCGUUCCACUAAACCAAUGUGUCGAGUUGGCUGCCAAUCGCAAACGAUCCACAGCCAGUGACAUACCAAGUACUGACGAGCUUCACGUGCCAACACCAACCACAUCACCACCUUCUGGAAGAAGUGAAAGUAGGACCAGCAUUGGAUCUUUAGCUGGAACUGGCGGCAUUGGAUUUGGCCCGGGAACCGCAUCCGACACUCGGAUUUCCUCACCCAUACAAUCGGCAGGCUCGUGCGAGAGUUUGAAUAACCUGGACUUCAGAAGGUCCAGUUUGGGACGGUCUCAGUGCUCCGCUCUCGAUGCUCUCUCGUUUGCAUCAUGUUUCGAGCGAUUGGACCAGGAUGAGAACCCAGGACCUUUUCCCAAUGUUCCAGCCAUCGUUCUGCAAUGUAUCCGACAUUUGGAAAUUCAUGGAUUAAGGACUGUGGGUAUUUUUAGAGUCUCCUCGAGCAAGAAGAGAGUCAGACAGCUCCGCGAAGAAUUUGACAACGGAGGUGACAUUAUCUUCAACGAGGAUAUUGCCGUCCACGAUGUGGCCACGUUGCUGAAGGAGUUCUUCCGCGAUCUACCCGACGCUAUCAUCCCCAAGGAACUUCACACCGGUCUCCUCGCUAUUCAAAAACUGUCCAGUGCCCAAGAGCAAACUUUGGCUUUGCAACGUCUCACUCAACUCUUGCCCAGCGUCAACCGCGAUACCCUCUUCAUCCUCCUGCAGUUCUUGGGUUUGGUCGCCGAAAACUCCGAAGACCGCGCAGCAGCCGAUGGCACGGUUGAAACGGGCAAUAAGAUGGACACUUCGAAUCUGGCUACGCUCUUUGCGCCCAAUCUGUUGCACACGUUCUCUGACGAGCCCUCGCCUUCCAAUGUGUCGGGCAAGACCUCGUUCUCUCCAUCGGCCAUCAUCGCGUCCAUUCCGGCCAAGCAGACUCCCGAGCGUAUGGAAUAUGUCACAGCGGUGCGACUCUUGAUCGAGAAACGCGACCAGAUCUUCGAACUCCCCGCAGAAGAGCUCAAUGACGCUUAUCACUCGCUUUUGGAAACGCUCCCCGAGGUUCACGAUGCGCUACUGAAGCGACGAAGCGCUUUGGCUGGACAAGAGAUCUUGGAAGAAGAUGACGAGGAGUACGAGAGCCCUAACGACAGAGUGGCCCAUUUGCAUUCCGAUGUGGGAGGCUUGCGUCGCCUUGACUCGUCGUCCGCCACAGACCACCCGCCACUCGCGUCCCAUUUGAGUCGACAAGAUGGCUCUAUUCGAUUCCGCCAACGCUCCAGACGAGAAGGCUCCGAGGGCUCUGAAGGCGGAGGAUCGACCAGUUCUUGGUUGCGUUUACGCGAUCGCUCCGAGCACUCCGAUGGUGGAGCCUCAUCCACCGAGAACUCACGAUGGUCGGGACUGCGGAACCGCCAACGCGAUCGCAGUCGGAGUUCGGUUCACGAGAUUCGACCGCCUUCCGCCGAGGGAACUUUGAAGUUUAAUUUGCCCAAGCGGUCGGGCAAUUUUAGUCCAGAUAAAGACGGCCAAUUGUCACCCACUUAUAAUGCGAAUGAGCCACCGAAACGGAAUGCGGGUAGCGGGCGUGGCAUUGAAUCCGUGGUGUAUAGUCCCGCGUCGUCAACACGAGGCACGCCUAGCUCGGAGAUUUUCUUUGGAUCCGGCAACACCACUCCGAGUUUGCUGGCUUCACCCCCGCCUCACCAAUCCACCUUCAGCACGCCCACAUGCUCGCCACCCAUGUCCCCGCCUCCUCUCCAACACUUGGGGCACUCCAUGGCUCGUACUUCCGGAGGCGAUCCCCUUGUACUCCAACCAGUCCCACCCGCCAAAGCCAAAGGCUCUGCCAAUGUGAGGGCUAAAAGCGAGGUGCUGGAAGCUCCACGUUUGAGCGAUAUUGAGUCUGAAUCGGCCACACCCAGAGCCACGCCCUCGAGGGAGCCCAAGAAAUAUGUUCGGAAGCGUUAUACGGACAGCCGGCAUCCUACGAAAGAACUGCCGGAUGUGCGAUUGGAAGUUCCCGAGUAGACAUUUAUGAACUCUUGAGGAGUCUCCAAAGUGAACAUCAAUGUCCACCAAUUUCAUACUAAUUCUUCUGUUUCUGUCACUUCUAGUAGGACCGACAUCAUGCAACAAGACUUUGAAUAAACUUCAGUUAUAUUCUAUUUGCUUUUUCUGAGCGACA